AUGUGGCCUGUGGGGCGCGCAUUCGUCAACGUGGCCGUGGUGACUCUGCUGCUCAUCUGCUUUGCACUGCCGACCAGUGCCACACCGAGGAUACUGCUGCAGUCCAGUGGUGUUGUCAAUGACAUCCAGGAAACAACUGAUGGUGACACAAGCAGAAAGUGGUGGAUAUAUGUCAUAAUCCCCUUUGUGUCGGGUUUUGUGGGCUAUAUAACGAACAUCAUUGCUAUCAAAAUGGCAUUCGGCCCCACAGAAUUCUGGGGCUGGAAGCUGUGGCAGCCCAAAGGUCAGCCGUUUGGGCUGUUUGGAUGGCAGGGCAUAGUGCCUGCCAAAGCCUCGGUAAUGGCUGGGCGCCUUACAACGCUCUUCACAACGAAGCUCUUCAGCGUGAAGGAAAUCUUCAGCAGGGUUGACCCUGCCGUUGUGAGCAAGCUGUGUGAGCCUGGAUCAGUGGCGAUUUCUAAAUCCACAACAGAUGAAAUUGUCAAGACACUUUUCCCGGCAGUGUGGAGUGCCCUCCCAAAAUAUGUCAAAGAUGAGGUGAUCGACUUAGUCUACAAGGAGUCGUCCUCGUUCAUCACCAUCUUGAUGAACAACCUCAAGGAGAAUAUCACAAAUGUGCUGGAUCUGACUGCAAUGUCUACACGGCUUGCAGAAGAGAAUAAACGGAUCGUCAUAGACAUGUUCCUGGAGGUUGGGGAGAACGAGUACCGAUUUGUUGAGCUGUCUGGCCUUGUAUUUGGCUUUAUUUUUGGUCUCUUUCAGACGGCCAUAUUCUUCUUUUGGGACAAUGAGUGGGUGCUACCAGUGGCAGGUUUGCUGGUCGGCUGGGUCACCAAUGUGCUGGCCCUUAAAUUGAUUUUUCAACCAGCCGAGCCGCACAAAAUCUUUUGCUUCACGAUUCAAGGAGUGUUUCUCAAGAGGCAGAAAGAGGUAUCCGUACAAAUUGCGGACCUGGCAACAAAAUGGUUUCUGACGCCAGAGAUCAUAUUGGGAGAAAUUAUGAAUGGCUCGAAGAAAGAUGCCUUCCAUGAGAUGCUGGAUGCGGUGUCGUUCGAGUACGUGGACCGCGUGGCAAACCCGUUGGAGAAGAUGGCAGCCAGCGUGCUAUUCGGACCAGAGGGGAUGGAAAAAUUGAAGGCCACCGUCGCCGCGACUGUGAGAUCAGAGAUCCACACGGUGCUGCCCCUGUGCUCGAGCCACGUGGAGCAGGCGCUUGAUCUGAAGCAGACCAUGCUGGUGGCCCUGCAGCAGCUGCCUGCAACCGACUUCAUCGGAAUCUUGAGGCCCGUGUUCCAGGAGGACGAAGUGAAACUCAUUGCGGUGGGCGCCUUGUUGGGAAUGCUGGUGGGGUUCAUUCAGCAAUGGGGGCUAUUCGCAUACAUUGCCUAG